AACAUACUUUGUAUGGAUUUGGGUAUGGUUAUAAAUUGGCUCUUAAAAAUUAUGUUCGACUAUAUGAACGAGAUAAAAAAAAUCUUCACAAUGCAACUAUCAUAGAAAACAAUAUUAAAGCUAAACAUUAUUCUCUUAUCGUUUUUGGAUCGAUACUUCGUAAUAACAUAUUAUUUUCAUUAGCUAUAAAACAUUAUGAACGAUCCAGAAUCGUUCUCAUUGAUGGUGAAGAUGAAAUAAAACACAAAGAUCGAUCUGAAUAUGCAAAAUGGGGAACCUACUUUCUUCGAGAAAUACCAGACAAUUGUGAUGCAUUUAUGUAA